GGUAGGUUGGCACCCAGGGCAAGUGGCAAAGGAAAGGAGUCUCCGGAGCGGCUGGAAACCGAAAGGGGUGGGGGGAAGCGCGGAACUGCUGGGUUUUCCCCCGCCUCCUUUAAAGGCCGAAGAAGUUAAAAAACUUUCCCACGGCCGUUCAGGUUCGCUCCGGCCUGUUGGGCAAAGAACCCGCGCGGGGCAGCAGACUGAUUCUGAUGAAUUACUAUCGGAUUCCUGUAAUUGGCUCCAUUUUGCGGGAAACAUGACAACUGAAAAGAGUUUAGUGGCAGAGUCUGAGACUCCUAAACAGCAGCCCCCAAAGGAGGAGGAGGUAGUUGCUGAAACUGAUCCCCAGGAAUCUUUUGUGGAGAAAGCACCCGAGGGGGAUAAUCCAUCCAAGAAGAAGCUGAAAGCAUCCAAUGGUGACACACCCACCCAAGAGGACCAGAGUAAGAACAAAGAAUGCAGUUCUGAAACUCGUGGCCUGUCACGCUUAUUUUCAUCACUCCUCAAGAGACCCAAAUCUCAGGUAUCAGAGGAAGAAGGCAACGGGGCAGGAACAAAAGAAUUUGGUGAAGGACACGAGAAAGAGGCUGAUAUAGAAGCUGAUCUCAAUGAAGAGAUUUUGCUGAAAGCCCCAAUAGCAGCUCCUGAACCUGAACUUAAGACUGAUCCAUCUUUAGAUCUUCACUCACUCAGCAGUGCAGAAACUCAGCCUGCCCAAGAGGAUAGGAGAGAAGAUCAGGACCAAGAUCCAGAGAACAUAGAUCUUGAAAUUAAGGAAGAAAAGGAGCAGGUGGAGUGUUCCAAUACAGGUGAAAAAAAAGAAAACAAGGGAAAGGUGGAAAAAGAAUUAAAAAGUGCUCCCAAAACUGUAAGAAGACCCCGAAAUAGCAUGCAUUGCAAGAUUACCUUACUGGAUGAUGCCAUUUUUGAGUGUUCUGUAGACAAACAUGCCAAAGGACAAGAUCUUCUUAAGAAAGUAUGUGAUCACCUCAACCUUUUGGAAGAGGACUAUUUUGGACUGGCCAUAUGGGAUACCCCAACGUCUAAGACAUGGUUGGAUGCUGCCAAAGAGAUAAAAAAACAGGUUCAUGGUGGUCCAUGGAUUUUCACUUUCAAUGUCAAAUUUUAUCCUCCAGACCCAGCACAAUUAACAGAAGAUAUAACAAGGUAUUAUUUGUGUCUCCAGCUAAGAAAAGAUAUUAUUAAUGGGCGGCUUCCUUGCUCCUUCGCUACGUUAGCUUUGCUGGGUUCUUAUACAAUCCAAUCUGAGUUAGGAGACUAUGAUAUAGAUCUGCAUGGUGCGGAUUAUGUCAGUGAAUUUAAACUAGCCCCAAACCAGACAAAAGAACUAGAAGACAAGAUCACAGAAUUACAUAAAACAUACAAAUCUAUGAGUCCAGCUCAGGCUGAUAUGGAAUUUCUUGAGAAUGCUAAAAAGCUGUCAAUGUAUGGAGUUGAUCUUCAUCAAGCCAAGGACUUGGAAGGUGUAGACAUCACUCUAGGAGUCUGUUCCAGUGGUCUUCUUGUCUACAAAGAUAAAUUGAGAAUCAACCGUUUUCCUUGGCCCAAAGUGUUGAAGAUUUCUUACAAGCGCAGCAGCUUUUUUAUCAAGAUCCGGCCUGGUGAGCAUGAACAAUAUGAAAGUACUAUUGGAUUCAAACUUCCUAGUUAUCGAGCAGCUAAGAAAUUGUGGAAAGUCUGUGUUGAACAUCACACAUUUUUCAGAUUAACAUCAACUGAAGCACUCCCCAAGAGCAGAUUCUUGGUGCUGGGUUCUAAAUUUCGCUACAGUGGCCGGACACAAGCUCAGACAAGGCAAGCUAGUGCCCUGAUAGAUCGGCCUGCACCACAGUUUGAACGAACAGCAAGUAAACGUGCUUCAAGAAGCCUUGAUGGUGCUAAACGUGGCUCUCAAAAAAUUCAGUUCAAACUCGUAGAGGAGGAGAAGCAGGAGGAUGUGGUGUUGGUUGGGGUUCCGGAAUCAGAACCCCUGGAACAAUUUCAGGAGAAGCCAGCUAUACAUGUUCUUGACAUAAGUACAAUAAAAGAAGAGGAGAAAGAAGAAAAAUCAGUUGUACAGGAUUUAGAACCAAAAUCGAUAUUACUUGAAACAAUUCAGGAAGAGUCAGCAGUAGCAGUGGUUACACCUGAUAGAAGCCCACGACCUACAUCUGCACCAGCUAUUGCUCAGAGCCAUGUUACUGAGCCAACUGUACCAGCUGCAUCUGUCAGCAAAGAACCAGCAGUUCUUAAAACUGAAAAAGAAACAGUAAAAAAAGAAGUAAAACUUGAAGGAACAUUGCAAGAUAAAGCCAAAACAGAAGCAGCUGAAGGAUUUCAGGUGGGGAAAACGCAUAUCAAAAUGUCAGUACCCAGCACAAAUGGCGACCAAAAUCAGCAGCGUGCAGAAAAAGAGGAAGACCCGAUAAGAAUGAGGAAGAAAAGAUCAAAGAGACUAGAUGGUGAAAACAUUUAUAUAAGACAUAGCAAUUUAAUGUUGGAGGAUCUAGAUAAAACCCAAGAAGAAAUAAAGAAGCAUCAUGCUAACAUCAGUGAACUGAAGAAAAACUUCAUGGAAUCUGUUCCUGAGCCACGACCAAGUGAAUGGGACAAACGCCUCUCUACUCAUUCUCCUUUCAGAACACUUAACAUCAAUGGACAGAUUCCCACAGGAGUAGAAGGAAGUGUGCGUGACUGUCCCUUCAAAGAGGAUGCAGAUGAUGUGACAAAGGGGAGAAAUAUUGCCUCUCACUUUGAAUGGGAGGAUUCAAAACAUUCAGUAGGCUUUAGUGAGAGCCAAAUGUCAACCACACUGGCAUCUACACAAAUUCAUGAAUCAGAUUCUUUUUCCAUAAGCAGCAAGGAGCAGAAAGAGGAGGGUGCCACUACUCUUCCUGAGAGCAAGGAAGAUCUAAGGUGUGAAAAGGGAUUUUAUUCAAAUAUGGAAAAGGAAGCUGAGGAUUCUAAACAGGCUGAGGUGGAAAUAUCUGUAAUCCCUGUUUCACCUCCACUGUACCUCUAUGAGCAAGAGGAGGAAGCCUGUGGUGUUGAAGAAACAAAACUUACCAGCAAGCCACUUAGAGAGCUAAAUGGAGAAUAUUACAAUCCAAAUGUUGAUCAUGAAUUUCCUGCUCUCAUUCGCUGUUUCCAGCCCCCCCUUGUGAAAACUCAGACCGUUACCAUCUCUGAUGUGUCUAAUACUGUGAAAAGUGAAAUUCCAACUAAAGACGUUCCAAUUGUCCACACAGAGACCAAGACUAUAACUUACGAAGCUGCACAGAUUGAUGAUGGCAGUGGGGAUUUAGAUCCUGGAGUUCUCCUAACUGCUCACACUAUCACUUCAGAGACCACCAGCAGCACUACAACCACACAGAUAACAAAGACUGUAAAAGGUGGAAUUUCAGAAACACGAAUUGAAAAACGAAUUGUCAUCACAGGAGAUACAGACAUUGAUCAUGAUCAAGUUCUUGUUCAGGCCAUCAAAGAAGCUAAAGAGCAACAUCCAGAUAUGUCUGUGACCAAGGUCGUCGUUCAUCAGGAGACUGAGAUUGCAGAAUAAAUAGCUUAUACUAGAGUAUCAGGAGUUCACAAACAUUUUUGUAAGAUACUGAAUGUGUGUCCAUUUUCAUUAAGGAAUUUGUAUCUUCCUAGGUGUUGCCUGCUUCAUUCUUUGAAGGCCACCCAAGAUAUACCAGCAGAACUACAAAGGAACUUUCGAACACCAUGACCUCAAACUUGCCAGAUUUAUUCUCAAUCACAGAGUCUAUCAUUUAUUGUUAGGAAGUUAUGCUUUUUGAUGUUUACUUGGGAUUAUCUUUAAUACUAUAUGUCCCUUUUCAUUGUUUUUAAUAUUGUGACCGACAAUUUGCCAUAUUUUACAUGUGCUGUUGUGCUUUUUUAAAAAAAAACAUCAUUUUUUUUUUCAUUUUCUUUUCCUAUGUCAUUUUCUGAAUCUGUAUUAAGAUGUCAAAAAGAGUACACGGGGCUUAUCAAAAAUGUUGCCUUUAAGUGUGAUGAUAUUCACCUUUCUGUUCCUCAAGUAGCUUGCAUUCUCUCCUACCUUUUGAAUAGGUUACUGUGUGACAUAUCAGUGACUUAGAAGUAGCCACCCUUGUCAGAAAAAUCACUGUGUGCAAAACUUUAAUUUGAUGAGUUGAUCUAUAAAAUGUCCAGAGUAUCUUAACCACAGCGUACGUUACCUGUGCAUUUCCUUCGCUUUUGUGGAUAUGUCUGUCUUUAGAUGCUUGAACAUAUCCGGAGGUUGUGGUGUUUAUAUAAGUAAUUCAGUAGUUACCUAGGUUCAGGGACAAUGGAAGUUGCUUUUUUAUACUGUGAAUUGUAAAGCUUUUAAAUGAAUUGUGGUAAGGCAUUCAACUCUCAUCCGCUCUUUUCUCCUUCCACCUUUGUUUUGUUUCAUAGUCCUUGGUAGAUGUUCCUUGUAAUCCUAUCUGCUGUUUAGCCCCAUUAAGCUAUGAGUUUAAGAGUAAGAGACCUGAGCACAAUUAAGUUAGGCUGCGAUUUAUCAUGGUUUUUUUUUUUUACCCCAUAGUCAUUUGUAGGUUUCAGUGAGGAUUUUGUUUAUUUUUUGUUUGUUUUUUGUGCGGGGGGGGGAGGCAAAUAAAGAUUUAAAAUCAUUCUUUUUGAACAAAAGCUAAAUUUAGAGCUCUGGCAAUGUAUCUGGAUAAGAGGUAUAAUUCCUAUUCAGUUGUUAAAGACAAUCUGGCAUUCCUUUCAUGAGGAUGGUAUCGGAGGCUAUCAGUCAGAGUCUUGUUUCCUCAGUGAAAAAUUAUUUGGAGAGGGAAUAUAUUAAUUUCCAUCAGAUAAUGCUUUUUGCAAGACAGUACUCUGUCGUUUUUUUGGGGGGCAACCCUAACCAUAGUGCACUGGUGCUAUAUCUCUCUCCCUUGUUUCCUUUAGAUCAUUUAGAAUUUCUUAUAAAAGAACUUGCUUUCCCUCAGAAACAACGACCCAUGAACAAAGGUUGAUGCACUUGGUAAAUUAUGCCCUUAGCAUUUUCAUUGUUAACAUUAGAACGAAAGAGUAGAAUUUGGCAUUGGUUGCUGUCCUCAGCACCUUAAUACUGUACAUAUUGUCUUCAUAGAAAGCUACGGUAUGUACCACCUGGGGAAUGUGUUCAGAGAAAGAGCAAUAAGUAAUUUAUGAAAGGGGUCAGUGGGAGUUUUUUAAAAGAAAGAUAAUACUGAUUUUACAUUACUUUCAAACAAAAGACAGAUAGGACUACUCUUUUUAAAAAUACUUCACUUUUCUAUGUGUAUUGCAAUCUGCAUGUUCAGUGAUCGGACUCCAAUUUGGAAUUCCCAUAUCUUUCAAAAAUAAAUAGACCAUUAUUUAGUUGGGUGGUUCUUUUUUCCUAAAAUAUGUGAAGGCUCUGUCAAGAUACAACAAGAAGCAGCUCUACCUUUUCUUAGAAGAACUGAAUUUCAGUAAAUAAAAGCUUUCAUUUACUAUUUGGCAUAAUGCUACCCUGUCAUAUUGCAUGCUCCGUUCCCCCCUCAAACGUGAGUGCAUUUUGAUUAAAGAGUCAGUAGGAAUAUUUUAGGAUUUAAAGAUAAUGGUGUGUGAAACAUUUUAAAUACAAAACAUCCCAUUUGAGCUUGAAACCAUAAUUUUACAUUCAAAAUGAAGUGUUUGUGACAUUUUGGAAGUGUUUUGAGAUGGAAUGCUAUUUGAUCAGUUUUGCUUUAAUAUGCUCUGAAUAUUACAUCAUGUUUCCAAUGAUUGCUGAUUGAUGCCAGAGGAAAGCCCAUCUGGAAACAGAUUCCCCCACCUCCCCAGAAAAUAAACAUAGGAUUGAGUUGUAAUAGAAUUAAUGAAAGUAAUUGUGAAAGCAGUAGAGUAAGUAAGCUUCCUAACAAUAUUACACUGAACUAGAAUAAACUCUGGGCACUUAAUGUAUUUAUUACAAAACUAGCUAUUUAUUGUGGAAGACAACUGAUUGGUACACUUGGUCUGGUGCAAAAUAUUAAUAUUUCUGCUGAUUUUAUUGCUCUUUUAUUCAAAGCAGUUUUGAAAGAAUUCUAUUAUUUAUUAUGGAAUUCUAUUAUUCAUGAAGCUUGUAUUCCGUAUGAUUUCUCAGGACAGGUGUUGCCCUUUCACCAGCUGUAACUGAGCAUGAUUUUUGUACACUAUGGACAGCUAGCCAGUGAUGUUCUGCUCUGCUUAGCUAACCUACACUUUCUUGCAUGGAAUGUGAAUCCCUCAUUAAAAGACAAUUACCUUUACACGAUGAGGGGAAUGCAUUUCAGAUUGCACCUCUUCCUGGCCUUUACAUCUAUUGCUCUCCCAUUUUCAGAGUUUUCUACCGCCUUACCUUUGAAUUCCAUUUUCAUUCAUGCACCAGGAUUAAUUUCACUGAUUCACCCAUUUUUUUGUGUUGUGCAAUAGAUGAGUCCCAUCUUUCCUUUCUCUGAUUUUUAGCUUAUCUACUAAAUGAAAUCUGCGAUAAGUGUUGCAUUAGACUGUAAUAAGGAAGUCCAAGGUAAGAUGGUAUAUCUGCACUGUAUCGUUAUUUGCCUCCUUUUACAGUAAUCAGAAGCAAAAAAAUGUUCAUUUAGCAGUAUGUGUAAGUAUUUAGGAUUAUGUUUUCCUAAAUACUACUUAGGAAUAUGUUAGUUUCAAGAAAUGCUCAAAAUCACAGGACACAAAUGAGUGGAAAAGAUGAAAAACUAUUCUAGAACAUAAAAGGGUAAAGAUUGCAGCCGGGGAACAAGGCAGCCGUAUUCCUGAGAGAAAGAAAAGUAAAGGUCAUUCAAAUUUUCUUUUUUUCUAUGUAUUUAUUAGCAAGGCAAUUUGAACUCAGGAGUUUAAUAAAAGUUCUGCUUUCCUACUCAUGGCCAGGCAUAAGACCCCCACCUUCCUUUGAGUAUGCCUGAAGGUAAAAACAUGAUAAAGAAAGAAAAACUUCAUAUUUUUGCAGAUUAAGCUGAUUUACAAGAUAUACAUCGGGGUGUCCAACCUUAGCAACUUUUAGACAUGUGGAUUUCAAUUCCCAGAAUUCUAGGUGUUGAAGUCUACAAGUCUUAAAGUUGACAUAGUUGGCUACCCCAAUGAACCUAAAUGAUUGUGCUAUUUUUAUGUUAUGUUAUACUCUGCUUCUGAUUAUUGUAACGAAACAUUAAAAAAUCCCUUAACAAUAUGCAUAUACACACCUUCCUUUGACUGGCAGUCUAAUUUUGCAACAACUCCUGCCAGCUUUUAUUACCUAUUGUCCAAAAACUAUAAAACUAAACUACACCAGCAAAGGCUGAAAGAGUUUAAGGGUCCUCUUAAACCUCUUAGGAAUGUAAAUCCUGGGGCUGCUGCAGCAUAGUGAUUAUUUUAUUUUCUGAAAUUUCUUCCUGCAUAUAGUGUAAAUCCAUUUUCUGUUGCGAAGGAGGCUUCUGUUUACUACCUGAGCUUAUAGCUUCACACUCCUGCUGGCAGCCUUUGUAACUGAACAAGAGUUGUGAGUUUGUUUCCUCCUGGCUGCUUGUAUCCUGCAAGUGAGCAAUAUUUAUUUUGCAUAGCCAAGCAUGCUGGGGAAAUAAAAAGGAGCUAAUAAAUCCUUUUAAAAUGCAUUUGCCAAGCUAAUUUAACUUUCCAUAGCAGACACAAUGAAAACAAUAUAGUUUUGGGAUACCAGAAACGUGGCCUGAACUGUCUGCCAUUGACAAUCGGGAUUUUCAUGUUUUGAGAAGGAAAAGAAUUUGUAGGUUGCUUGUACUCACAAUCUCAGAGUUGCCACCAUCACCUUAACAGAUCACAAAAUAAACCAGUUUCUAGCAUUCUCGUUUUCUGGGGACCAGCACUGCCAUUACUGGAGCAGUAAAUAAAAUAUAGUCUAUUUAUAAUGAUGAAAUGACUAUGCUCCCAGUUAUUUCCUUCCCCAUUUAUGAGAUUAUCUAGAAACACUCUUAACUGUAUAGUAAAUGGAAGCUAUUUAUCUAUGAAUGUGUGUACAGAAGGAAGAGCAGCAGUAUCCAAAUUGGUCAAAUUAAGAAAGUAAAAAAAUAGAAGAUUUUCACUUGCCAACGAUUAAAGUACAAAUUAACUUUGGGGACUUGAGUGGGUGUUGGGGAUUCAUAAACUGUGAUUUUUUUUCCAUUUUCAUACAAGGGGCAGUUUUUAAAAAAUGUAUUCUAAUUAUGGGGGGCGGGGUUGGUUCUCUUUUUUACACAUUAAAUCACACUAUUUCACUGCAGAUAUGAAGGAGCUUUGUAAAUUUUUUUAAGACAACUGUAUAGAAUAGUUUGUUCUUUUUAAUAAAAGUAGGAACAAUAAACAAUUAGCAAAUCUUUAUAGUUUAUGUAGUUGUUAUUUUGGACUUUUGUAGUUAAAGAGAAAUUAGAUGUAGCAUUUAGACAUGUGUUCAAUCUUGUAUUGCAUUUUUCAAUAAAUUU